UAGAUGUACCAGAAAGCUGUUCACGUAACAGACGGUGUGGCUUGGCUGCCACACGGAGAGUCGCAGAUCACGUUGUUUAAAGAACAGUGAGUGAUUUUAUGCUGCACUACGUCCACAGACGUCUCUGCUUAUCUUGACGUCAGGAGAAGCCUAAGCGCACCAGCACAGCAACCACAUCGCUCCCAGCGGGAAGGAGAGCACAUCACAGCUACACAUCGCCAUUUAGCUGUAGUGUGGUGAAUCCGAUCCACGUUGUAGAAUGCCUCUCGGAGAGGAUGGAAAUGGAUGGAAAAAGAAGACAUCAGACAUCAAAGAACAUUAUGACUUCAAAGAAGUGCUGGGAACGGGAGCUUUCUCAGAGGUGGUUCUAGCCGAAGAGCGGGGGACCCAGAGGCUUGUGGCCAUCAAGUGCAUCCCCAAGAAAGCGCUGGAAGGCAAAGAGAACAACAUCGAGAAUGAGAUCGCCGUACUGCACAGAAUACAGCACCCAAACAUUGUGUCACUGGAGGACAUCUUUGAAAGUACAUCUCAUCUAUAUCUUGUCAUGCAGCUGGUGUCCGGAGGUGAGUUGUUCGACCGGAUCGUGGAGAAAGGUUUCUACACAGAGAGAGAUGCCAGCCAACUCAUCCACCAGAUCUUAGAUGCAGUCAAAUAUCUCCAUGACAUGGGGAUCGUUCACCGAGACUUGAAGCCAGAGAAUUUGCUGUAUUACAGUAUGGACGAAGACUCCAAAAUCAUGAUCAGUGACUUUGGUCUGUCCAAGAUCGAGGGGGCAGGAAGUGUCAUGUCCACAGCGUGUGGUACUCCAGGAUAUGUGGCUCCCGAGGUUCUCGCUCAGAAGCCGUACAGCAAAGCGGUGGACUGCUGGUCGAUAGGAGUUAUUUCUUACAUUCUGUUAUGUGGAUAUCCUCCAUUUUAUGAUGAAAAUGAUGCCAAGUUAUUCGAGCAGAUUCUCAAAGCAGAGUAUGAAUUUGACUCUCCGUACUGGGAUGAUAUUUCAGAUUCAGCCAAAGACUUUAUCUGUCACCUGAUGGAAAAAGAGCCUAUGAAGAGAUACACAUGUGAGCAGGCCCUGCAGCAUCCAUGGAUCUGUGGAGACACAGCUCUGGACAAGAAUAUCCAUGAAUCUGUCAGUGCUCAAAUCAAGAAGAACUUCGCUAAAAGUAAAUGGAAGCAAGCAUUUAAUGCCACAGCAGUGGUGCGCCACAUGCGGAGGUUGCAGCUGGGCACGAGUCUCGAGGGACCAAGCCAGAUUACUCCCACCAGUCCCUGCCAUGGACUUCUGCUCCCGGAGGAAGAGGAGGAGGAGGAGGAGGAAGACGAGCUUGGGAACGGGGAGGAGGAGAGCUGUAAGUGCACAGUUCACUUACGGGAAUAAAGCCACACAGGAUGUGGUUAAAUGUUGUGUCCCACUACGAGGACGGGCGCCGGGGAAGCAACGAGGGCAGCGCAGAUCGGGACAGCCUGAGAAGCUGCACUUACUGCUGCCGGCCAGCCAGUCGCGUCUGAGCACAAACUCCCGUUGUCAUGGUGACAUUGUACCCCUGGAGCGUACAGAGCCCGCCCCGCCCAGUCUGGCCAGGAAUGCAGAGCAGCUGUCAGGCAGGGUCCACAAGCAAGCAGGUCACUGUCACAGUGUGGAGAAUCAUGCCACAAGUUUUAUCCCAGAAACCUAACAAAAAAAAAAAAACAUCCGUACUCGAGAUUCACAGAUCAAGCUUAUCUUUACUGCAGAACAGAAUGCACAGCUGUUUUUUUGAAAAAGGCCUCUCUGCAUGAUUAUCCUGAAAUAAACCCUCUAAGCAACUAAACAUGUAGUUGUGCCUAAUGUAGCUGUAGCAGACAGGGUUCACAUUUAAAACAAGUGGCUUCAAGAAGACGAUCAGCCUGAAGUCUAACUUGAAGUCAAUGCAUUAAUAUAAUCUUUCUUUUGGUUUUCUGAUUAUCCGUCACAUCUACCUCUAACUCCAACUGUUGUCAGUCCACACCCUCUACAUUAAUGGCAGCCUUCUGCCUGACAGGGCACAAAGAGACACACAGUGCUUAAAUUUACUCCUGCUUGUCUUGAUAUCCGUCAGUGUUGCUCAGUGUAGUCACUGACCAGGUAGCUGUUACAUAGAGUUCAUUUGAAGGCGUGUCUUCACUGCUGAUGCCACCAGCCCAGCGUGUUCAGAUCGGCCACUCGGUCCUUUUUCUUGUUUAAAGAGGAAUUCAUGUAUAUUUUAACCUAGGUCAUAUUUUUGUUAAGAAUAAUAGGAGCCUGUAAAUGGCAAAAAGAAAUACCUUUAGUGGUUCAAACCAGCUCACCUGUGAAUGCCCCGAAGGAUUACAUUGUAGCCAUGAAAGCCUUGUUACGGCAAUACUGGAGCGAUUUCAAAACUGCUAAAACCUAGAACACAAACACCACUAAAAAAAGGGCAGAGGUUAAAAAAUACUGGAAUUUCCCUUUUUAUGGUUUCUGUUUUGUAUAAGUAUUUACUUCAAAGUCUUUUUGGAAAGAGGAGAUGUUUCAGGGUGUUUUGGACUCUAUAUUCUGGCUCAGACUGGGUUUGCGAUGGGUGGUUCUGAUAUGGAGUGUUUGCAUGCUUUUUUUUGGCGGGAAACAUCGAAAUGUAUGAAUAUCAAGAGAAGACUUUAAUUUUUUUUUUUUUUUUAAGUUUUAUGACUGUUCUCUUUUCCGAGGCUCAAACUGAGAUCCCUGUUAUAAACUCACAGGAAUCUGACCUCAGAGGAGGAAUUGUUUUGAAGGUGCAUUCACGCCUAUUUAAAAAAAUAUAUAUAUAUAUCAUAUCACGCUCAUUCUCUCUGUUCAGUUCCUGACAAGCGUCUGAUCAGCCUGCUGUCGGUCUCUGUGUUUGAUGCUGAGUGUCAGGGAUCUCAGUCUGGGCGCUCUGCCUGCUCUGUGCUGUGCACCUCUAGUGGAAGAAGUUUUGGUCUACUGUUUGCAUGACCUGGUUAAAUAUGUUUACAUGAAUGAUGAUCAAUUAGUAUAAACACACAUGAAUAUUAUUACUCUGUUGUAUUGAAAAAAAAAAUUGUAAUACUGUAAUUUUGAGCUAUAUAAUGUGAAGUGAGUAACACAAGAAGUAAUGUGGUUGACAAAGUACAACACAGCACAGUGGACUUAUCAUUUGCAUCCACUAAGAUGGUCAAGUCUCUAACUUUUUUUUCUCGUUUAUUUUUCACUCAAAUGUUUUUUUUUUCUUCCUGUCAGUUUUCUUGCUGUACAUGUAAGAAUGAUUAAACUAUGUAUCCCUGUCUGAUUCCCAGGCACAAGCAGGAAAAGUAUACAUAAAUUAAAGUGCCAGCCACAGUAUAAAACAUGGAAAUGAUGCAGGAUACAUCUCCUGUCAGCCCUGGAAUUAGCCUUCAAGGUUGAUUUGUCCUCAUCCGCAGUAUAUAAACCAAAGCCAUAAGGGGAAGUAGAGAUGUUUAACUCUAUAUUCAGAUACGUUAUCUUAUGAAUUUAUGACUCAGAUGACGGAUGGCAAUGUUUCAGCAACUUGUAAAGAAAACAAAUCAGAGGCUUUGUUCUCCCCGCAACAACUAGCUAAAGAUAUAAAUCAUACUGUUAUUUAUUUUGGGUAUGUCGUCACAUUACAGUACUUUUGUUAGCCGUAGAGCUUUAGCCAACAAGCUAUUAAAAAUAUGUUUUGUCCACUUCAAAUGAGUUCCCAUAAAUGUCAUUGAAACAUACAGGUCCCUCGUGCAGUAAAAUAAUGGAAUCACUCUGGAUUUACGUGACUGUAAUUGUGGAAAAUAUGCAAAUUGUGUGUGAAGGGCUUCAUGUUAAAUGUAAGAAAGCCAAUGUUGAUGACUUUGGCGAUUAUUUGUUUGGUAAUAACCUUAUGUUGAACUGAGAUUUGUUUCCACUUGACUUUUUUUUAACUUGAAAAAAAAAUGCUUGUUUUACCCAUUACAAACACAUCUAAAUGCAUAAAAGAAACACCUGUAUAUUAUAUAUAUAAAUAUAAGUAUAUAUUGUAUAUCCUUUUUUGUAAAAGCUGUUUUGAGCUACAAAUGUAUGGAUGCAAUGCAUCAUGGGUUAUUGAACAAGAUGUAAGAAAAUACGAUUUGUACCCACAGAGUUACGAUUGCAGGAAUGAAAUAAAACUUCCUUGUCUAUGCA